AGGAAAUCACCAGAAAACGCUAGCAAACCAGCAAGCAAGUCAGCCAUGUAUUUAUGAGAACUGAAACCUCAGCAGAGAACACAACUGGAUACAAGCGAAACGAGAAAAUGUGCUCGACGCUUACUUUUAAAAUGUGAUACACGACACCGUGCCACGUUCGCGAUAGAGAAAGUGCUUCUUAGAGAUGAAACAGACCACCGACAACGCAGAAUGAGCGAGUCGGAGCCCGAGCCCGUUAGCUUGGAGUUCAUCGAAGACCCCUACCUGCCGCGCCUCGAUGAGCUCACCACAACGCCCUCGCUCGACCAGGACCAGGACGACGACUCGGCACUGGGUGCGGACUCGGACUGGUACGAGGAGGCCGAAACCGAGGCCGAACUAUAUCUGCGAAACCUGACCCUCGAUCAAAUCUUUUACGACGUGGACUCGGACUACGCCAACUCCCUGGAGCUGCAGGCGGUGGAGACCGAGUUUGUAGGCCCCAAACUGGCCAAUCAAGCGCCCUCGUCAUCGAUGGCGAAACGCUUUCGCCUGAGGUUCUUUGCCAAGCGUACAAUGCGAGACGUUAAGGUCACAUUCAUAGACUUUUCGAAACCGUAUCUGGCCAAGAUAUCGAAUAGCGAUAACUACAAGCGGUUUCUCAGCAUCGGUCAAAGCGGCCAAAGCGGCAGAGAUAACAGCGCCAACCUUUCGGAGCCAGCAUCUCCAGCAGCUUCUGUGGCAUCUGCAGAAAUUGCAGCCGAGUUUGCCGCGCUUAGCACCGAGGAGAAGGAACAGCGUCGUGCCGAAUGGAGUCAGGAACUGGCCCGUGUGGAGGAGGAAAUUAACACGCUGCGCACUGUUCUGGCCUCGAAGACGCGUCAUGCCUCGGAUCUCAAGCGCAAGCUGGGCAUCACCGUCUGGAAGGAGCUCACAGAUGACAUGAAUCAGGGCGUGAAGAACAUCAAAGAGAGCACUGUUUUCCAAUCGGUGGAGCAAAGCAUGGGCACUUUUACUAAAGCCGUACACGAGGCACCUCUGUACCAGCGCACCGAAUCGGUGCUGAAGACUACGGGCGAGAAGACCGCUUCGGUGUUCGGCAGCAUUACCAGUGGCAUUACGUCGAAAUUGUCACAAAUGAAAAACUCCGAGUCGAUGCGUUCUAUCGAAGCUUCAGUUGGCUCUGCCUAUGAGAACGUUAAAGUAAGCUAUGAACACAACAAUUUUAUGUGCCAAUCUCAUGCGACCAAGGUGACAUCCCGCUCGGGUUCGGUAUCCAGUUUCCCAGACGCUAUGGAUGAGAACAACACGUCCUCGGGACUGAAUUCACCCACUGACUCGCUUACCAAAUAGAUUCCAUGGGAAAAGAACACCAACAACAGCACGAGUUAAAUAAUAAAAGAAAGGAGAGCAAAAAACACAAACCACAAACACACCAACACACCAACUACCACUUAUCUAACAAUUGCGAUAUUGUGUCUGCGCCUAAAUCUAACCAGAAUGUAAUUAUUUUUUUUCAUGUGUAUGUGUGUCAAAUUAUAUUGAAAAUGUUUGGCCCUAAGGAGUAUAUAUUAUAACAUUGCAUAUAUUUAUAUCUGUGUGACACAAUCGAGUACUAUCCGAGCAUAAAUGCUUUAAACUUUAACCGGCGUAGAGUGGAGUGGAGAACUUGCUGCAUUCAUAUACAUAUAUACUAUACCUAUCAGACUAAGUGUUUGUGUAAAGAACUAACCAACCCCCCGCACUGAGGAUUCGAGGGGAACGGAACCUCUUCAUUCCCAUCUUUUUCAAUACUUAUUAAACUUUAACAGAAAAAACCAUUGUGGAAGAAAAUAUAUAUAUGUAUACACAUGUA